AUGAACGAAACUCUCAUGAAGGAAUUCGAUAGGGUCAUUUGGAUUGCAUUGGAGAGGCUGCUGGGUAUGGGAGAUUAUUAUAACGAAACUCUUGUGAGACUGCGAGGAGGUUUAAUAUUACGGAAUGCCGUUGAAGAAAUAGAAAAGCGACUAAACUGUAAAGAUACGGAUAACUGCCUAUAUUUCUAUGGAUUGUCAGCGCAUGAUGUAACUCUUGUCGCCUUAUUUUCGCUAUUCAAUGAAAUUAGCCAGUUUCUUGGUGAAAUUCCACAUAUUGGCUAUGGUGCAAACGUAGUUUUUGAGCUUUGGAAUAUUAAUGGACAAUAUAAAAUUAAGAUUUUAUAUGCAAAUCAAUAUGAUGAAGAACCAUUUCCAAUAACGAAAUUCGCUAAAGGAUGUGAUGGAAAGGAGGAAUUUUGUGACAUUUCCAAUUUUUUGAACGCAUCUCACAGUUUAUAUCCUAGUGAUUUAAUUAAAGAAUGUGCUUCUACAUCAAGAGAAAUUAAUUUGGAUUCAGAAUCUGACGGUAAACUUGUGAAACGAGCAAUUGAAACAGAUUAUCUAGAUGAAAUUCUCGAACCUUUAUUGUGGAUGUAA